GGAUAAAUCGUAGGACUCGUUGUCGUCACUCGCCGUCGACGACAUGAUCUUCAGGGUGACGUUGUUGAUUGUGUGCACGCUGCUGGCUGCUGCGAGAUCUGAACCGAGACCGCGCUCGCGACCAGUGCCGAUCUAUUCGAAUCAGUUCGCCGUUUACGUGCCCAGCGGAUUGGAGACUGCCGACGAGAUCGCCCAGGAGCACGGGUUCGACAAUCAUGGACAGAUCGGUGCCCUGAAGAAUUAUUACCUCUUCUCUCACAAGCGAUUACACAAGAGAUCCCUCACUGCGAGCGAACCACAUCACAAGGCGCUCAGGGAUGAACCGCGGGUGCACUGGUUUCAGCAGCAACAUGAGAAGAAGCGCAAGAAGCGCGACUUCGACGCCGCGUCCUACGCGUUCGCCGAUUAUCAGCCCUUCUUCAGCGGUUUUGGUCCGCGCCCGCGGCAAGCCGGCCUGUUUCAUCGCCAAAGAAACAGAGGCGUGCCACUUCAAAAUCUGUUCACGGAUCCGCUUUUCAAGGAACAGUGGUACCUGAAUGGUGGCGCCAAGGAUGGUUACGACAUGAAUCUUGGCCCGGCAUGGCAGAAGGGCUAUACCGGCAAGGGUGUCGUUGUUUCUAUUUUGGAUGAUGGCAUCCAGACCAAUCAUCCUGAUCUCGCGCUCAAUUACGAUCACCAGGCCAGCACGGAUAUCAACGAUAAUGACGACGACCCGAUGCCAAGGGACAACGGUGACAACAAGCACGGUACUCGAUGUGCCGGUGAAGUCGCCGCCGUUGCUUUCAACCAAUACUGCGGUGUUGGAGUGGCUUAUAAUGCCAGUAUCGGAGGCGUGCGAAUGCUCGAUGGCCCGGUAAACGACGCCGUCGAGGCCAGAGCUCUGGGAUUGAAUCCUGAUCACAUCGACAUAUACAGCGCCUCCUGGGGUCCCGAGGACGACGGCAAGACCGUCGACGGUCCGGGCCCUCUCGCUAGGAGGGCGUUUAUUUACGGAGUGACGAGCGGUCGUAAGGGUAAAGGUUCGAUCUUUGUAUGGGCGUCUGGUAACGGAGGUCGACACACCGACUCGUGUAACUGCGACGGUUACACGAACAGCAUUUUCACGCUGUCGAUAUCAAGCGCAACACAAGGUGGUUACAAGCCGUGGUACCUCGAGGAGUGUAGCUCGACCUUGGCAUCCACGUACUCGUCGGGUACACCCGGCAACGACAAAAGCGUCGCUACCGUGGACAUGGACGCCAAGUUGCGUCCUGAUCACAUUUGCACGGUGGAACAUACCGGGACAUCUGCCUCAGCGCCAUUAGCUGCCGGCAUCGCUGCCCUCGCCCUCGAGGCAAAUCCUACGUUGACAUGGCGAGACAUGCAAUAUCUAGUGGUACUCACCUCGAGGUCCGAGCCGUUGAGCAACGAGCCCGGCUGGAUACUGAACGGCGUAAAGAGAAAGGUCUCCCACAAGUUCGGCUACGGUUUGAUGGACGCGGGCGCCAUGAUCAAUCUAGCCGAACAAUGGACCAAUGUACCGCCCCAACAUAUCUGUAAGUCUGAUGAAAUUAAUGAGGAGAGACCGAUCGAUCCCACAUAUGGGUACACCCUGAGUGCAUACAUGGAUGUCACUGGAUGCGCUGGAUCCUUGAAUGAAGUGCGAUUCUUGGAGCAUGUACAGUGUAAGGUUUCUCUAAGGUUCUUCCCUCGAGGAAAUUUGAGGCUCUUAUUGACCUCGCCAAUGGGCACAACUUCAACGCUAUUAUUCGAGCGGCCGCGCGACGUUCUCAGUUCAAACUUUGACGACUGGCCCUUCCUCAGCGUACACUUCUGGGGUGAAAAGGCUGACGGUCGAUGGACUCUGCAGAUCAUUAAUGCCGGAAACCGACACGUCAAUUCACCAGGCAUCCUGAAGAAGUGGCAGCUGAUUUUUUACGGCACAUCGAUGAACCCGAUCCGGAUACGCACGCGACAAUUUAAUCCGGUACAUCAUUCUGCGUACCUUCCUUCCCAUUCCGUGCAUUAUCCAUUCACGGUAGACGAUGAUCCGCUACAAUUGUCCGGUUAUCCGGGCAACAGGGACUUCUUUUCUCCGUCUACCUUUCAGAGUUACCAAGGCCCGUACAGCGGUGCUGCGUCGAAUCUACAAGCAUCUGUCGCAACUCUGGAUGGCUCGUCGGCGCCUAUCCUGUCGAACCAUCUACCCGGCGACGUCUCAUCGGCAUCUGCCUUCGAUUCACCUUCGGCGGCGUCAUCCGUGCAAGGGGACGGUUCUCUCGAUACCACCAGGAGGAUACUGCACGACUGCGAUCCUCAGUGCGACGCGCAAGGCUGCUAUGGCAAGGGCCCGACGCAAUGUGUCGCUUGUAAAAAUUAUCGUCUCGAUAAUACUUGCGUCAGUCGUUGCCCGCCAAGAAGUUUCCCUAAUCAAGGCGGCGUUUGCUGGCCAUGUCACGAAUCCUGUGAAAUUUGCGCGGGAGCAGGUCAAGACUCUUGUCUUUCAUGUGCCCCCGCUCACCUUCGGGUCACCGAUCUAGCUGUUUGCCUUCAGCAGUGCCCCGAGGGCUAUUACGAAAAUACCGAGAACAGCACGUGCGUACCAUGUGAAGCCAACUGCGCCAGCUGCCAGGACAGACCGGACAAGUGCACCAGCUGCGAGCAUCAUUUGGUAAUGCAUGAGAACAAAUGUUACGCCGCGUGUCCGCCCUACACGUAUGAGACGCAAGAUUACAAUUGCGCGCCGUGCCAUCCUACCUGCGAGACUUGCAACGGCACGGCAGAUAACCAGUGCAUUGCCUGCCGAUCCGGGUUGUUCGCUUUGAAUGGCACGUGUCGCGCUUCAUGUCCGGCGGGUUACAGCGCAGACAAAAAGCGACGUGAAUGUGUAGCAUGUCCACCCGGCUGUGCGACCUGCAGCACACUGAGCUGCACCAGCUGCAUCGAGAGCUGGAGCCUGAACAAAAAGGGUUUGUGCGCUCCCGAGAGUCGCAGUAAUUGUAAUACAGGCCAAUAUUACGAGGAAGGUCAAUGCAAGUCCUGCCAUUCGUCCUGUGAAACCUGCGCCGGUUCUACGGAGGAUCAUUGCAUAUCCUGCCCGAACCCGUUACUUCUGCAGGGCAAACGUUGCGUGUCCCAAUGCGAUGACGCGUAUUACUCUGUGGUGCAACCUUCGCGACCGGUUUGCGUCCCUUGCCUGCACACUUGCAAGAGUUGCGUGUCUCGUCUGAACUGCACAGCAUGUCAAGACGGGCUACAGCUGCAAAGCGGAGAGUGCAGAUCGUCCUGUGCACCAGGUUAUUACAGUGACAGAGGUCAAUGUGCCAAGUGUUACUUGUCGUGUAAAACAUGCUCUGGACCCAGAAGAGAUCAAUGCGUUACUUGUCCAAGAGGCUGGCAACUGGCGGCUGGCGAAUGUCACCCUGAGUGUCCGGAAGGAUUCUUUAAGUCGAACUUUGGUUGUCAGAAAUGUCAUCACUAUUGCCGUACAUGCAAGGGCGAAGGUCCACUGGAAUGCACUUCGUGUCCACCUCACUCGAUGUUGGAAGGUGGACUAUGCAUGGAAUGCUUAGGGGCACAAUACUACGAUUCUUUGACUCAGCUCUGUAAGAGCUGUCAUUCUGAUUGUCGCAGAUGUACCGGUCCCGGAAAAUUCAGCUGUGCCGCGUGCUCGCCGCCACUACACUUGGACAAAUUGAACAAUCAGUGUGUUCCAUGCUGCACGGGCAAUGAGAAGGGACCUCAAGCUGAGGAAUGUUGUCUCUGUGAUCCAGAAACUGGCGGCUGUAGGAAUAGCUCGCCGGCUGGCAAAAGAAGAGUACCUGGAACAGAAUUCUCAGCCAAUGCCGCAGUCUCUGAGACAUACAACAAUUAUGGCGAAACAAGUAACAACGAUUCAGCUUCACUCGCCGUAACAGCAGCCACAACCAUGGCAGUUGCCAUCUGCUUAGCAUCGAUUGCGUUGUUCGCGAUGAUAUUUGUCGCUCUUCAGGCUUGGUCCGGCAGAAGGGAGACUAAUAUGGGAUAUACGCAGCUUGCCGUGAAAGUGGAACCGUCCGAAGACGUGGACGCCGACGAUUCGACAGAGCUGAUGACUUAGACUUCGUUAAAGACAACGUAGCUAAUGAUCUCUUGUCGAAGAGUCGCAGGGAGAUCGACGAAUCUCGAUUGUGAUUGGUUCGCGAGUCAGAAGUUACGUGCUUUUGCAUUAGCGAGGUCCAAGGAUAGCCCUUACAUGUGAUGACAAAGAAAAUAGGAAAAUGGUGGUAUAUACGUAGCGGGGAGGAAAGAGUUGAAGAAGGAGGAGGAGCAAGCAAAAGAAGAUUCGUCGAAAACGUGAUAAUAGAACUCCGUUAGAGUGUUGUAUGAAUGAACAAAAUGACAGAGGAAAAAAGAAAGAGAAAGAGAGAGUGAAAGUAAGUGUGAUUGUUGUUUACAUGACCGUAGUACGGUCGCGUGAAUGUGCGAAUGUACAAGGAAUGUGUUUUAACUAGAGAUACUUUUUGCCCGUCAUUGUUGUCAAGUGCGUCACCGAUACCAUCAUCGCGCACACCAAGAUACUUCCGACACGGAUAAAGAUCCGAAACACGGAGAAAAAGGGUGAAGGACAUUAUGAAGUGCCUGAUUAGUGACACCCUUGUUUCCACACCCUUUCGCGUUCCCCCUCUGACGCUUUGUCCCCGAAGUAAUGCCGAGCCUUCGUCGAUUAUCCCGUCGACUAUAUCAUCAUCGCGUGUAUUCGCGAGUAAGUAGAACCUCAUCCAAGCGACGGAUAACAUAAAUACGUUUUAAUCGUUGCGCGUUGCGAGAGUCGAGAGCAAUCUAGUUCGUUUAAUUAGCAUCCUUUAACUGUCUAUCGAUUUUUUCCUCGCGCAACAUUCUUCCUGGCGCAAUCGACGAUCGAGUUAUCGAAAGGACAAAAGCGCGUCUCUUUCUUCACCUCUCUUCUAGAAGGCUACCAUCACCCCGUUUAGUAGGGUGAAGGGACAUGUACGUAAAGUGGCCUCCGUACAUUAGGCUGAACCACGGACCACGUAAUCGUAAUCGUUAAUUGUGAAUUAUGAAUGGAUAUUGUUAUAUAUUUGUAUAAAUGAUAAUAGUAACAAAUGAGCGGACAAAGGGGGAGUUAUCGCAAGGAUCAGGAGGGGGAGGCGAAAGAAACGAUAUAGCGAGAUGAACCAGGAGGGAGACGAAGUGAAGAACCGAAACGGAGAGAGAGGAAGAGGAGAAAGAAGAUCGUCGCACGUGAGCUUCGUUCUCCCACUUUAAACCUGAUUGUCUCGACUAAUUGACACAAUUCGCAUGCCCGAAAGAACCAACGGACUCUUACUGCGAUCACCCAGUUAUCCGACGCGUCUGUGACAUCAGUCGUCACAUUCCAGUACCUCCCAAACUGAUACAACACAUGCCGUCGAUACAAGCAAUGCGUUUUAUAAACUGUUUGUUGUUAUUACUUGAUUGUCUACUCCAAUGUUUUGUUUAAUAUUCAAUUUUCCGCGUUAUUCUUACUUAUUUCUUUAAUUCUCGCUCGUAUCCAUCCUUUCCCCGUUUCGUUGGGAUCGCAUGAGAGGAAGGAAA